AACUAGAAGGAAAUGACUUGAGGCCUAGGCUUAUGUGCACAUUAGCAGCCCGCUGUGGGGAAUUCGUAAUGCCUCGCAAAUUGCAUGUUUCCGUUCACUUCUUAAACAAAAAAGCCCCUCUGCAUCUUGCCUAUUCCCAUCACUCGUUUCAUAUCCAACAUUCGUUCUUAUCCUGUCGUUCUUUACAAGCAAAAUGUUUUCCAAGGCUGCUCUCUUCAUGGCGCUGGUCGUCCCCGCGCUGGCCUCGCCAACACCGCAAGCAGUUACGCUUGGAACCUCUGCGACUCAGAAGCCUACUCAACUGUGCGGCAAGGCGAGCAACGUCGCCUUGACUGACACCCCAUGGAUCGUCUACAACAUGUUCUACAACCAGGCCCAGACCGUCGGCACCCAGUGCACCAACUACGACCACGUCUCGACCGGUUCAGAUGGAAACAAGAAGAUCACUUGGAGCAGUGUCACGAACAUUGAAUACGUCAAGGCAACUGACAACGUCCCCAAGGGUUACUCCUUCGUCGGCCUGACGCAGAACUUGGAGACCAAGCUCUCGGCCAUCAAGUCCAUCCCCACGACCUACGACUGGACCCGCACCAACACCACCGCCUACAAGGGCAACAUCGCAUUCGACUUCAUGACCUCCAACACCAAGGGCGACUCGACCUCGUCCGCCUCCCAGGAGCUGAUGCUAUGGCUCGAGUACACCGGCGGCCAGCUGCCGAUCGGCUGGUCUGCCGGCCCCAAGGCCACGAUUGCCAGCCUGUACGGAACCAGCUGGAAGCUGUACCAGGGCAAGAACGACGACACGGGUAUCACCGUCUCGAGCUUGUUGCCAGAUACGCAGCUCAAGAGCCCUUUCAGCGGCGAUCUUAAGCUGUGGUUGACUGCGUUGGUUAAGCUUGGCCUGUUCACUACUAGCACUUACGUCAAUGUUGGAAACGCGGGUACUGAGCCUUUCUACGGACAUGCGAUUAUGAACGCUACCCUUGGGCUGCAGAUCAACCUUUAGAGUGUGUGUUGUGGGUGAGGAGGUAUUUCAGUUCAGGAUUUUCGUGGGCUUCCACUUCGUAGCAUUGCAUUGCAGAGUAGCUUGAUAACAAAUCAUUUUGCAGUUUAGAGCCAACCAGUUUCCCCUGUUGAUCAGGUUGUUAGCAUUGCUCAUUAAUUCCGAUGUCCAGUCGUUGCGCAAGUAUUUGUUCCUUGGCUGGUCGACGCUCUACGACUAUUGUGGAGUCAGAUUUCAACUGCUUAAUCUUGGCCUGUUUCCUACUUGACUUAUCUUUGUCGUGAUUAAGUACGGAUUCUAC